AUGGAGGAUCCUUUCGAUUUUGAGAUGAUCGACUCUUGCAGCGGCGGCAUAGACUUCCCACCUCGCAAUACUGUUGCCGCGUCCUUCCCUACUGCCACCAUACGGUCCAUGCCCACCAGCACAGAUCUCCCCGUGCCCUCGCCUGAGCACGAGCACAUGCUCUGCGACGCGGUACUCCAGGCGGAUGAGGAGAGAGGAGAAGUCGGAACACGCACCCGCCGGCGAAAAGCAGACUCGCGCACUAAAGAGGCGCAUCGCGAGAGGCAGGCGCAAGGAUCCAUGCACCAGAAACAUUCUCUCGCCGAACUCUGGCUCUACGGGUGCGUGUGGGGCUUCUGGUUCAUGGUCGCGAUGGAUGUCAUAGUUAUUGCGGUCCAAGCGUCGAGAGGCACCUUUGAUGUGCGCUACUGGCUCUUGCAGGUGUUUCCGAGGCAAAUCUCAUUGGAGGUGAUGUGGAUCUUGUUACCUCUGCUACGGCUUGUCAUCUGGGACUUUGGUGUACCGGCGUAUCAGAGUCUGAUUGUAUAG